CACUCACCUGAAUAUCUGGUGACCCGACUCCACCUCAUCACUCAUCGGCGAAUCAAACCAUGGCCGCCGCGGCAUCGCCUCUCCCGCUCGCCCUCGCCAUCGUCGUACUACUCCUCGCCGCCGCGGGCUGGCCGUCACCGGCGGAGGGGGCGGGGGCGAAGCUGGACGACCCGGCGGGGCUGCUGCGGCGGGCGAAGGAGCCGGCGUUCGCGGACUGGAUGGUCGGGGUGCGGCGGCGGAUCCACGAGAAUCCGGAGCUCGGCUAUGAAGAGUUCGCUACCAGCGAGCUCGUGCGCCGGGAGCUGGACGCCAUGGGGAUCCCCUACAGGCACCCCUUCGCCGUCACCGGCGUCGUCGCUGCCGUCGGCACCGGCGGCCCGCCCUUCGUCGCGCUCCGGGCAGACAUGGACGCGCUCCUCAUGCAGGAAAGCGUGGAAUGGGAGCACAAGAGCAAAGUGCCUGGGAAGAUGCAUGGAUGUGGUCACGACGCACAUGUUGCUAUGCUAUUGGGCUCUGCCAAAAUUCUUCAGGAGCAUCAUGAUGAGUUGCAGGGUACAGUGAUCCUUGUUUUCCAACCAGCUGAGGAAGGUGGUGGUGGAGCAAAGAAAAUGAUAGAAUCUGGAGCUGUGGAAAACAUAGAUGCCAUUUUUGGGCUUCAUAUAGCUGACACUGUGCCUAUUGGUGUGCUGGCAUCUAGACCAGGGCCUAUUAUGGCUGGGAGUGGAUUCUUUGAGGCCGUAAUAAGUGGAAAGGGAGGGCAUGCUGCACUUCCUCAUCAUACUAUAGAUCCAAUAUUGGCUGCCUCAAAUGUUAUUGUAAGCCUUCAGCAACUUGUUUCCCGGGAAGCUGAUCCCUUGGACUCGCAGGUCGUAACAGUUGGUAAAUUUCAAGGAGGUGGGGCCUUCAAUGUGAUCCCAGAUUCUGUUACAAUAGGUGGUACCUUCCGAGCCUUCCUAAAGGAGAGUUUUAAUCAAUUGAAGCAGCGAAUUGAAGAGGUUAUUGUGUCACAAGCAUCUGUACAGCGGUGCAGUGCUUCGGUGGAAUUCCUCGAGAAGGACCGCCCUUUCUUCCCCCCAACCAGCAACAGCCCUGAGCUCCAUGAUUUAUUUGUGAAGGUGUCUGGUAAGAUGGUUGGCGCCAAGAACGUGAGGGACAAGCAGCCGCUGAUGGGUGCCGAGGACUUUGCCUUCUAUGCCGAGGUGAUCCCCGCCACGUACUACUACUUCGUGGGCAUGUACAACGAGACUCGAGGACCGCAGGCCCCCCAUCACUCCCCCUACUUCACCAUCAACGAGGAUGCUCUCCCCUACGGCGCGGCUAUGCAAGCAUCGUUGGCUGCUCGCUAUCUGAUUGAGCACCAGCCCGCCGCUUCCCCUGAUGUGGCCAAAACCCAUGACGAGCUGUAAAUAAUGUUUGCUUCACUGAAUUGUUGUUAAAUGCAAAUGAUAAUGAAAAUGGAUGAAAUUAGAUCGAGGCAUCGAAGCUGAAUUUCUGGCUAGUCGACUUAUCUUUUGCCAAGUUAUGCAGCGGCUGUAUAUAUUUCCUGAUAUCUGCCUGCAUUAGGGCAUUAUUCAGUGCAAUGCUACAGUCACCAAAUAAUUGGAAAACAUAGUUCUACAA